AUGAAUAACUAUCAUGGUCUAUUCAUUUCUUUUUCUCACUCGGUCUCUAUCUAUCUAUCUAUCUAUCUAUCUAUCUAUCUAUCUAUCUAUCUAUCUAUCUAUCUAUCUAUCUAUCUUGGUUUAUUCAUCUCUCUCGUUCUCUCUCUCUCUCUUGGUCUUUAUAUCUAUCUAUCUAUCUAUCUAUCUAUCUAUCUAUCUAUCUAUCUAUCUAUCUAUCUUGGUUUAUUCAUCUCUCUCUCUCUCUCUCUCUUGGUCUUCAUAUCUAUCUAUCUAUCUAUCUAUCUAUCUAUCUAUCUAUCUAUCUAUCUAUCUGUCUUGGUUUAUUCAUCUCUCUCUCUCUCUCUCUCUUGGUCUUCAUAUCUAUCUAUCUAUCUAUCUAUCUAUCUAUCUAUCUAUCUAUCUAUCUAUCUAUCUAUCUAUCUAUUUUGGCUUAUUCAUCUAUCUCUCCCUCGGUCUGUACAUUGCUAUCAUUGUCUUUUUUAA